AUUUUAUUGUCAGGUUUCCUUUGGUGUUUAGGAUUGUCAGCCUCUAUAUAAGAUGUCAAUUAUUAUUUAUUAAGGAUUCUUUCGUCCUCCUUGUUUGCCGGUCAACCCUCCCCCUCAAUGUCUUCAUGUGAUUUUGCUCCUAUCACCAUAAGGUCAGAGUUCUUCGUCCUUAGAUCCCAGGCCCAUAACGAGGAGUGUUGGCGCGAACAUAUCCAAAUACUCUCUAGCUGUUCGUGGCAACCACAUUCUGCUUUCCAUUUCUUUCGUUGGGCAUGUCAGCCAAAUUAUGUUCUGCAAGGAGCUGAAAGAGGAGAAAGAUGUGCUUUACUUCUAUCUCCUUUGAGGCCAUCAUUUAAGAAACCAACCACUGAUGUAAUCGAGGAUGGGAGCCAAUUCACCAUGUUUUUGACUGCUCCCUUGCUGGCUUUCUGCCAACUGAUUGGCCUAAAAUUUUCUGACGAGGAUUAUGAUGUUUACAAUGAUGUCAAUGCUAUCAUCUCUACUUCAUUUUCCGAAUGGGAGGUAAUGCUCUGCACAACCCCCAGCCUAGACUUGGUUUGGGCUCAGGUAUUGUGUGAUCCAUUUCUACGCCGGCUUAUCCUAAGAUUCAUUUUCUGUCGCGCUGUGCUUACUCUAUUUUGCCUUCGUGAAGAAAGUGACCAAUAUUUGCCUGUCUGCAUCCCGGAGCUUCCUGAUUCGUUCUCUCCAGUCUCUGAAUAUGUACAACCAACCAUCAGACGACUUGCCAAUCAUCUCAACGUUGCCGAUUCUUUUCAUCUUUACUGAUUCAGUUGUUGCCAAGGGUAAUUAGUGGGGCAUAAUUUGUGGAGCUAUGUAGUUGAAGUGAAAAUACUAACUACUUGCUCAGUACAAUGCAGAAAUAUUAGGUGGUCACGAAAAACGUAGUCUCUUCAGUGGAUGUGCAGAAGUUUGGUUUUUUUCCGUUUCUUCGCCAUUUCUACAUUAGGCUUUCCGGAUAGCUUUCGCGCAGGAAAUCAUGGUUUAUUUUGCUUCCAGUUGUAAUAUCUUCUGUCCAGGUAAGUUAGUAGUGGUCUAGCGGUGUGUUAGCUGGAUGUGAUUGUAUGUUUACAGUUCGCAGGAAAUUAGUCAUGAACUGUUCAUACUUUCUGUACUAUAUUAUAUGAGGCAACUUGAACAUUUUUAUCUUUCCUCCGUUUUAUCUUUGGCGAAAAUAGUGUGGCCUUAAUUGCAGUUACUAUGUAAUGACAGAUUUGAGAUUAUAUUGAUUAGUAGUUUUAUCAGAUGGAGAUUUACAUGUACACUAAAGGUCUGUUUAAUAC